AUGCGGGACCACCGUGAGCUGGAGCUGUCCCGUGGGAGAGGCUGCGAGGACGACGACGACUGCGCCGUGUUGCCGAAGCUGUGCGAGCAGGUCUGCGUCAACACCGAGGGCGGCUUCGAGUGCCGCUGCCACCGCGGCUACAAGAUGCUGGAGGGGCGCUGCCGGCCCGUCUCCCACUGCUACGAGGCGCCCUGCGAGCAGCGAUGCGAGGACGUGCCCGGCGGGUACCACUGCGGCUGCUUCCCCGGCUACGCCGUCGACCCGCGGGUGCCCACCCGCUGCCUGCUGCACUGCAACCGCAGCCAGUGCCCGGCCCAGUGCGACCCGCAGAGCCAGUCCUGCGAGUGCCCCGAGGGCUUCUUGCUGGACGACGAUACCGACAGCGGGCGGGUCUGCGUGGACAUCGACGAGUGCGACAUGAACUUCUGCCAACACAACUGCACCAACCGCCCUGGCAGCUACGAGUGCCACUGCCACGCUGGCUACCAGCUCCUCGACCAGAACCACUGCGUCAAAAUCCCGGAGGGCGACAGGGAGGGAGAGUACUCGGGGGAUUUCGGGCCCGGACCCCAGACGCCAUCCCCAGCGCCGCCCUCCCCCAGCGGGACCCCACCGAAGGCGGAGCACUUCCACCCCGGUGUGCUGGUGGGCAUCGCCGUGGGCGCCCUCUCCGCGGCCCUGGCCCUGCUGGCCCUGGGGUACCACCUGGCGAAGAAGCGCUGCAGGCCCCCCGCCACCAUGGAUUACAAGUGCAGCGGCCCCCACGAAAAGGAGAUGGGACCAAUUUUUUAA